GCACCGUCUCUUUGUUCCAGCCCCAGUCUCUCCCUCUCUCUCCACCUCCUCCUCCUCCUCCUCCAGCAGCAGCAGCAGCUCUCUCUUCUCUACACUCUUCCCAUCUCGCUGCUUCACUGGCCUGGAUGACUGCAGGAGCAGCGACAUGGCUGUGAAUCUCAGCAAGAACAGACUGGCCCUGCUCACGGCUUACCAGGAUGUUAUCGACGAGUCCACGGCCACUGACUGGGCUGUGUACACAUAUGAAGAAGACAGCAGCAAUGAUCUGACGCUGGCAUCAUCAGGAGAUGGUGGACUGGCAGAAAUCACGGUCACCUUUGACAACAGCCGCAUCAUGUAUGGCUUCUGCAGCCUGAAGGAACCCGCUGCCACCCUGCCUCGCUACAUCCUCAUCAACUGGGUAGGGGAGGAUGUGCCGGAUGCGAGGAAGUGUGCCUGUGCCAGCCAUGUAGCCACCAUUGCCGAGUUUUUCCAGGUGAGUCUCCCCAAGGGGGUUGACGUCAUCAUCAACGCCAGCAGCAUGGACGACAUAGACCCCUCAGCCAUCGGACAGAGACUGACCAAUGGGACGGUCCCGGUGGCCAGCCCGGUCCUGAGCCGCCUGCGAAUGAGGGACGAGGAGAACUCAGAGCAUGUUGGCACCACCUACCAGAAGACGAACGCAGAGUUCGAGAUGAAGAAGAUCAAUCGUGAAGAGUUCUGGGAACAGGCCAAGCGAGAAGAAGAGAUAAGAAAGGAGGAAGAAAGAAAAAAGGCAGUGGAGGAGCGACAGCGUUUCGAAGAGGAGCGGAUGGAACUGGAGAGGAAGGAGCAGGAGGAAAGAGAGAAGAGAUAUCGUGAAAGAGAGAGGCAGAUUGAGGAACACAGGAAGAAAAUGCAGGAGGAAGAGGAGGCCAAAGAGAAGACAAGGAAUCAGCCCUUGAUUACAGAACCCAGCUGUGAGGAUCCCUCUCUGGAGAAAAAGGAGACAGAAGUUGAGGAGGCAGCUGCCAUCAUCGCCCAGCGGACGAGCAACCCGCGGGAGUACUUUAAGCAAAGAGAAAAGGCUGUGGCCACCAGCGUGGACACCUCACCCGUCGCCACUCACAGGACUGGCCGUUUGGACAGUCCGUUCUUGAGGCAGCAGCACAGUCCGUGUGAGCCCAGUCCGCCCCCCCCUCGAACCCCGCCCCAUGUGCGGCGGCAGCAGCCAGGGCCACCUGAUGACUUUGAUGAAGGCGUUCCAGAGCGCAACAUGGCUGCUGUGUCCCCCACGCCUAUUCCCAAAAUCGCCAUUCAGGAAGAAAAAGAGGAUAGCAGCUGUAAAGAGUGGGCCCCGGAAUCCCCCCAGCGUUCCCCAGUGCAGGAGUCUGGCCCCACCAAACCGGUUCAGAGUGUGGCCCCUCAGACCCGCUCCACAGACCCCUCAGAGGACAGUCUGCUGGACCUGUGGGAGAGCAGCCCGGCGCCUGCUGUCGCCCCGUCCCAGGCCACUCACAUCAUGGACCUGAUGGGUGACGUCCCGGAGCCUGCGGAAGCCGCCUCCUCCCCCAAUCUGCCCCAGCCUCUGCUCAGCUUCGACGAGACGCCAGACACCACCUUCUGCCCCGGGCCUGAGGAUGACCCCUCCAGCCUGGUGGACGUGGCCGGACCCCACCAGAUGACCCUAAGCUACCAGCAGGCCCUGCAGCAUGCCUCAGGCACUGACAGCCAGGAGCUGGAUGAUAGCCAACUUCUGAUGACUAACGGAGACACGCUGCUCAAAGAAGGGACUCAGGCGAGUGAAGGCUACUUCAGCCAGUCUCAGGAGGAGGAUUUUGCUCAGUCUGACGAGUGCUCAGCAAAAGUCAACCCCACGCCAGUAUUUUAUAACAAACCACCAGAAAUUGACAUCACAUGCUGGGACACUGACCCCGUGAUGGACGAUGACGAUUAAGAGCGGUAGAGGGGAGUGCCCUGCAUCUUCAAGGAAGAGGAAGAAGAAAAAAAAAAAAACACUUUUACAAGUUACAGGUUAUUAUUACAAGUCUUGCAUCAGAAAAUCUGUAUGUUGUUUUAGGAAAACAAACAAACAAACAAAAAAUCUUAGCCACUUAAAAAAGGAUGGGUUAUUGUUAAAGAUGCCAACGGGUUUAAGUGCUCGUGGUUAGUUAGCAUGAGCGUGCAGGGGCUGUAUGUGUGUUUCUUAUUUAUUUCUUUUCUCUUUUUUGCUAUGCAGACUAUAGCACAGUGUGUAUUUAGUGCUCACCUGUGUUGUAUUGACUCCCUGUGCCUAACAGGUGUGACCAAGUAGCAGUUAGAGCAUCCUGUUUUUUUUUUGUUUUUUUUUUUAGUCACAUGUCUGAAUGUCAAAAGGACAUGAACCCUCGAUGGUGCAUAGCUCUAGGCCAAGGUAGUGCAGUACUUCACCUAUUAGUUGCUCAGGCGAGUAACGGGAGCCUUGCCUGUUUCUGUUUCAAUCAGAUGGUUUUUUUUUGUGGAAUUUCUGCCUAGAGCUGCCUUGGUUUGACAACUUCUUUGGUCUCUGACUGUUCAAACAUAGAAUCAGAAUGAGCAGACAGGAGCAAACACACACACACACCAACCACAGACUGGUUGAAACUGUUGUAUUAGAGCGUCUACCCAUUCUAAUUCUGUUUAUCUCAGUCUUACACUAUAUAGGUAGAGAGUGUCAGGAUUAGCGAGACCUGGGUUAGAGUUUGGUCGGUGCCAGUAUACUCAAAUUAAGUGAUUAUUUUUAGAGAAGUAAACAUAAAAGAAGGGGCAAUCUGAGACUAUUUUUGUGUUGUGCCAAUCGUUUUUGGAUAUCUUGAUGUUUUUCACACUAUUGUGUUGAUAUAGAAGAUCUUAAGGACUUAGAAUCAGGUGGCAUAUGUAUAUUUUGACUACAUAUGAAACAAUGUAUACAACAUGGUAUUAUGAAUUUUUGGGGGUUUUGUUGCGAUAGCAUUAGCAUUAAUUCGCCAAGUAACUUAGGCAAUAACUAUUUUAGAAGACACAGUUGGGGAAUUUGUUUUAUGCACAUUUGUUUAUAUUCAUAUGUGAAUAGAUUAUGUGUGUGUGUAUGUGUGUAUACAUCUUGUGCUAAGGUUUUAUAGGAGAGUAAAUUUACUGUAAUGGGUAUUUUUGGUUUUGUAUUUACUUUCAUGUUUUUAGCUCCCUAAUCCAAAGAGAGGUCAUUCCCUUGAUUUACUUUAUUUAACCCUCACUUCAUGCAUUAGAAAAGGGAGGUGCUAAAUGGAUAGAUGGUAACUGGCAGUGGAUACUAACUGUAAAGGAAGACGCAUCAUUUUUCAACCUAAAACCAUUGUUCUGUACUGUAUUUUAUGGUCCAUUACAGUUUAUGUGCUAAGUUAGAAGAUCCUACUUGUAAAGAACAUCAUUUUAAGGCCUUUGUUUUUAGAGCAAGAUGGUGGACGCUACACCAGCUAAUUUCCAAGUGCGAACUCAGUCAGGAACUCAUGAAUGCAGCAUUAUUUUACUUCUAAACUUCCAACAUGAGGCAAAAUCUGCCUGCAAAACAAGAAUGUGAAUCUGGAUGCAGCAACAAUAACCAAUGCGUCCCUGUCUGUAAUUAUUUUAGAAUAUAAAGGAGAAAAACACAACCUGAUUCAGACAGAAAUUACAGCGAAGCUAUUGGUACCCCUGCUAAACAACUUUCAGAAUUCAGUAAAUGUAGCAUUUUAAGUAAAUUCAGAAGAUUAGGUUGAAAAAUGAUGUGAAAUUCCUUCAUUCCAAACCAUAAACUGACAGAGAUUAACUCAAACUCAAGUAAUCUUGCUAACAUUACACAUUAUAUAACACAUUACACAUUUCCAUUUAUUUAAACCACGUGUUCCUUAUGUUAAUAUCCUACUAAUUUCCUUCCAUUGCUUUGACUGUAGUCAGUCUUCUGUAUUGUUGUAUUUUUUAACCGUUGUUGCACACGUCAAUACAGAGAUCCUAGGUCUCGUUUUUAUGUUUAGGAAGUUUUUUUUUCUUUGUCAUAAAAGUUCUGGGUGAAAUAACGAGCAAUAAUACUAAACCAAUGUAGUAUUGUUUUGUUUUUUUUUGUAAAUAGCUCUAAUUCUAAUUUCCGUACUGUCACUGCAGUACUGUGAUUCCGUAAAUCGCCUGUAACACAAAUACUGGCAUUGGACUGGACGAGGGGGUGUUUUACACGAAAGUGGACUUUUGAGGGGAGCCGACCCGCAUCUUUAACAGUAACCGAGGCCCUUUUGACAUGAUUUUAAUGUACUCUUCACCCUCCAACCUCCUUAGUAGUGAUUCUUAUUCUCUUUCUCCCUCUCACACUACUAGGAGACUAGCCUACUAUUACCACUACUAUUGCUACUAUUACUACUGCUAUACUACUACAAUUCCCCCCUUUUGUCCCUGAAGCAAGGCUUAGCAACUCCUGAAGUAUCUCUCUCUCUCUUUUUUUAUUAUUUUUGUUCUCUUCCCUUUUUCCGUCCGCUUCUCACUUGCUGUUUUUGAAUCAAGCACAAGAUCUUUUGUGACAUGCUGUGCUUCUGUAUGUUAAUAAAAGAUUUCAAAAACCCUCCAA